UUUGUUCUUUGGGAGUUUGUAAUAAGAGGCACUCCUUCACAAAGGUCCAUAUCAUCACAUAGGAGAGUGUUAUACAUACUGGGAGAACAAUAGAGUGUAUUCAUUGUGGUAUAAUCCAGAGAUCUGUUUUCUACUGCCCUGACUUAAAGCAGAGAACCUCUGUGGCCUAUCUUACCGCUUUGGCCCCAAGAUGACAGUAAUAGCUGCAAUCAUUUGUGCUUUCUUAUUUUCCAUUCUGUGCGAAACAAGUGCAUUAGUGUUACCCAACUCCACUGACCUACUCCUGUCAAACAAUAAUUUCACUGACAUUGAGACGGCUUUGGCAGCUCAUCUGGACUCAGCAAAAAUUCCCAAAGCCAGGCGGAAGCGCUACAUUUCACAGAAUGACAUGAUUGCCAUUCUUGAUUAUCAUAAUCAAGUCAGAGGCAAAGUAUUCCCACCUGCUUCCAACAUGGAAUACAUGGUUUGGGAUGAAACUCUUGCCAAAUCUGCAGAGGCUUGGGCUGCUACGUGCAUUUGGGACCAUGGACCUUCCUACUUACUGAGAUUCUUGGGCCAGAACCUGUCUGUAAGAACUGGAAGGUAUCGAUCUAUUCUCCAGUUGGUAAAGCCGUGGUACGAUGAAGUGAAGGAUUAUGCUUUUCCUUAUCCUCAGGACUGCAACCCCAGGUGCCCCAUGCGAUGCUAUGGACCCAUGUGCACCCAUUACACACAGAUGGUUUGGGCCACUUCCAAUCGUAUAGGCUGCGCAAUCCACACAUGCCACAAUAUGAACGUCUGGGGAUCUGUUUGGCGACGAGCUGUUUACUUGGUAUGCAACUAUGCCCCAAAGGGAAACUGGAUUGGAGAGGCACCAUAUAAAGUAGGAGUCCCGUGUUCUGCUUGCCCUCCAAGCUAUGGAGGUUCUUGUACCGACAAUCUUUGUUUCCCAGGAGUAACAUCAAACUACUUAUAUUGGUUUAAAUAAGUUAGUGUUUACAUUAUUUUUAAAAAACUUGGAUGAGUA